AUGGAUUUCGACCCAAUGAGCACACCACGACCCGCUCACCGUCGGCAUUCUUCAUCCCUAUCCUCGCGUGCUACCUCCCAUGCUCAUACGACGACAGAGCUGCUUGAUUCUUCCCCGUCAUUUCAGCGUUACGAAGGGGAGUUUGUAACAGGGUCGUCAUCAUUCCGUACCCCACACCAAAAUACAGCGUCCAGAUUCAUGACCUCUGUGAAGCGAUCUUUAUCAGUCUCUCAUGGUGUGACCAUGAAAAAGCGACAGACGAAUGUUUCUGUAUGCCCGUUACUACUUUUCCCUCGUCGUCUGUCGCUCAUAUACCUGCAGAAAAGUGGAAUGUAUUCUACCCCUGAAGAGAGGAACAUGCCAUCAUCCUUCCGGCAACGCGACCUGUCGUCUUCACCGCCGACGAUUGAACAGAUUGCAAUGGGUCUUCACCUUUCUCGUACUCCCCAUUUGCGGCCAGCAGGAGCACAGUAUCAUUCGCCAUACGGCCGAACUUCUGCGCAGGGGUCUCAGCAUCACCACGCCCAGAAUGAGACCUCUCGUCGCACGACUCCGUCUGUCGCACUCCCUCCUCCUCCUACACGUUCCUCUUUAAAGAAGCCAGGUUCGACUGUAUCGUCGGCCAAUCCUGGUCUGUCUACUGCCUCUUCAACAACAGUGACGUCCAACUGCCCUUCCACGCCGCAGUCGAACCGGUCACUUACAUCUUUGAAAAUGCGCAUGUCGCGAUUCUUACCCGGAGCCCGGUGUGUCUCAGCUCCAUCGUCCGUAAUGGGCUCCCCUGCAUCAUCGCCUCGUACGAGUACAUCAGACAUUCUCCCCCGGAAGAAGGCCGUGCGGUUUUCUACACCAGCCCUGGGGAUAGAGGAGAACGAUUGA